UCACUCACUCACUCACUCACUCACUCACUCACUCACUCACUCACUCACUCAACGCUGGCUGGGCACGGUCGGCCGAAAGAAACGGACAAAGUCCGAUGAGCUCUUUCAGAAAAGUAAUUCUGAGCUCUCUCGCAAGUCCCUCGAGCUCGAAGCCAAGCUUCAGGAGACGGAAGUAAAGUUUGAGGUCUUGAAGAAGGACAAGGCUAUCCUGCUGGAAGAUGCAAGCAAGGCCAAGGAGCGAGAAAAGUCGAUUUUUCAGAUGUGGGAAGAAAAACUGCAGAGGCAAGAGGCGACCCACCAAAAGAAAAUGCAAGCUCUGGACGAGUCCAAGGACGUGGAGAUGAACGAGCGUGUCCGCAAGCUGGAGGAGCGGAUCAGGCAGCUCGAGCACGACAAGACGCAGGCAGACCAGAACUUUGACAGUAUGAAAGCCAAGCUGGUCUCUGAGAAGCGGCAUCUGCUCGAUCAAAUGUCAGAAGCCGAGUCGCGACAUCAACGAGACGAGGAACUCAAGCGGAAAGAGCUGGAAGAGCAGAUCGAGUACCUGAAGCACCAGAACGCUCAGCUGCAACAGACACUAACGACACAGAUCAACACAUAUAACCAGUCGCUCCUUGAUCGCGAGACGGAGAACAAGCGGCACCAGGAUCUGCGCAUCCAACUGCAAGAGCAGCUGGCGGACAUGAAAGCACAGCUCACGACAGUCCAGAGCGAGCUGGGACACAUGCGACAGCGAUGCGAAGAUGCACGCAGGUCCGAGCAUUCUCAGCAAGAGAACAUUGCGGCGCUGAACACACAGAUGCUGAAGCUGCGCGAGGAUCACGGAAAGGUCGAGCUGAAUCUGCAGAUGCAGAUCGAAAAGCUGACUGCGCUGAUGAACCAGAAGGAUCUCCUGAUUGCCAGGCUGAAGGACGAGAUCCGCAAGCGCGAAGACGAGCUGGAUGAGAUCGAGGAGGGCCAGGCUCUGAAGAUGAAGGAGUUGCAGGUCUCGAUCGGGUCGCUGCUGUCGGCGCGGGGACGGCGACCUCGCAAAGCCUCGCCGUCGCUCGAGCCGUCGUGACGCUGCUGCUGUCAUCUGGCAGCAAUGGCUGGGCGGGAAUCGCGAUCGUCUGGAGUCCAUGACAAUGCUGCCGACCCCCAGCAAGCCAACGACCCUGGAUCCCAAGCGACCGCCAAGGCCGGCACUGAUACCGCGAAGGCGGGCAGGAUGCG